CCCCAGCCAGCUGUAUCUGCCCCCCCGCCAGCUUUUUAACAUCUCCCCAACCCCUGGCGCUAUCCUUGCCCCCUCGCCAGCUGUCAAUGCACCGCCCCCAUCAGUGGUCUUUACCCCCCAGCCAGCUGUCAUGACCGCUCCGCCAGGUGUCGCAUCCCCCCUGCCAGCUGUCAGCAUAACCUCGUCAGCAACCGCCCCUCCAAACUCCCUCUCUACCACCCCAACAGAAGAAUCUUCUUCGGGGGGAUCCCCGGUCGUCAUCGGUGCCGCUGCGGCGGGCGGCGCGGCCGCGGUUCUCGCGGCCGCCCUUGUAGGGUUCUGCCUCUACCGACGCCGAAAACGGAACCGAAACCAGAAUUUCGGUCCCAUUCCCCUGGCGCCAAAAGCGGGGUCCCCGAACGAAUCUGGGCCGUUCGAUCAGCCCCCAUCGACGAGCAGCGGCGGCUCCCGUUUCUCCGGCGUGCCCCCUUCCCAGCGUUACUUCUCACUGGACGAACUUUGGGCGGCUACGAAUGGUUGGAGCGAAGCGAAUAUGGUGGGUAGCGGUUCCUUCGGAACGGUCUACCGGGGGAUGCUUCCCGACCGUACGAUCGUGGCCAUCAAACGGCUGGAUCAACGGCGCCGUGGCCGGGGCAGUGCGGUGGAGGAGCGUUCCUGGAACGCGGAACUGGCCGCACUGAGCAAGGUCCGCCAUAAGAACCUGGUCCAUUUCAUCGGGGCCUGUAACGAAGCCGACGAACGGCUCCUCGUCUUCGAGUUCGUCUCGGGGGGCAGCCUCGACCAGCGGCUCCGUUCCGCCCGCGAGAGCGGCAUUCCGUUCCUCUCGUGGACGGAACGGAUGGCCGUCAUCCAGGGGGUCUGCCGCGGCCUGGCGUAUUUACACCACGACAUCUCCCCCCCCCUGCUGCACCGCGACAUCAAAGCCUCGAACAUUCUGCUCAAGGGGGGGGGCUCGAACGUAGCGCCAAGAGGGGGGGGCUCCGACGAGAACAUCAUGGGGGGGUCAUCGAACACGGUUUACGAGGGGGGGGGAAGAUUGGAGGCGUGCAUCGCGGACUUUGGCCUCGCGCAUCUGAUGGAAGAUGCGGAGUCCGGGCGCGAUACGACGUCAGCUGUCAAGGGGACGCUGCCGUAUAUGGCACCCGAAUACUUGCAGGGUGGUUCCCAGUUCCUGUCCACAAAAUGUGACGUCUACUCCUUCGGCGUGCUGACGCUGGAGCUCCUGAGCGGCCGCGUCGUCACCGCGCGCGCGCCCGACGCGCGCGCGCGCUUCGAGCCGCUCCCCGCGCGCGCGGCGCGCCUCGUCGCCGAGGGGCGCGGCCUCGCGUUCAUCGACGUGGCGGUCUGGGACGCGUUCCGCGUGCGCGAGGCGGACUGCUGUCUCCAAACUGCGCUGGAAUGCCUCCGGGGGGAUCCCUCUGCGCGGCCCACGAUGGAGCAGAUCAGCCUGCGGCUGAGGUUGCUGGCGCCCGAAAUGGGGGGGUCGGAACCGCCGCUGCUUUCGGGGGAGGAAAGUGCGUCGACCAUAUGGCCGCGAAGUUCCGUGGAGGGGAGUUCGAGUGGACAGCUGUCGAGUGCGGCCUGGGACUCAUUACCGUCGCAUUCGAUGACGCAAGCCGUGCCCUUUCAAUUCCUCGAUGGAAGAUAGCAACUCGAUUCGAGGAAUCGAAUGUGUUCUGAAUGUCUGGGAUUUUGAGCGUCUGGCACGUGCAGCUCAACCCGCCACUAAGCUGGGUUUGCAGACUAGCAUACCGUUCGCCUCAGAGGCCGGCUGGCAUAUACUUUCAUGGGAAAGCGAUAAAGGGACUGGUACAAAGGGUUAGCAUGACGUAGUCGGUUUGUUGCGCUUGAAGCUUUUUGGAGGCGCGUGCUUCAAGAGGGCGUCGUUAAAUCCGCCGCGCGGCGGGCGAUCCGAUAGCCCCGUAAUACGUCAGCUGGCGAUUCGAGUAGCUUUACUUGGGCGGACCACGUGAUCGAUCUCUCAGCGCUACGAGCGCGCUGCAAAACCCGCUUGGCCCCUUAAACUCGCACCCAAUAUGUUUUCGACAUAGUGUUCAACAGCUACGAUGCAAAGAAGUUGGGGAUUACAAUAUAUUGUCAAAUUCCAG